UUCAUAAUGGAGUUCGCAUUGGCAAUGAACCGAAUGGCACUAUUCUUACCUUUGGUCCAAUCACACCCCUUUAUGAAUCAAUGGAAUCUGUUUUAAACCAAUGCAGAUGAAACAAUGUGCAAUACCACACAAAACAGGUUUCAUAGGCCUGAGGAGUUAAAUAUUCAUGUUUCUUAUAGACGUGCAAAAAAUGGGGUCGAGCAUUUGAAUGGAUCAUCGAUUGCAACUUCAAAUGAUGAGGUCUACAAAGCUGGGUCACAAGAUCAAAUGAUGCAGAAUUGUCGAAGUUUUCCACCUCAUAUGCCAUGCUUUCCUGGAUUCUUUUUGCCUUACUCAUGGAAUUCAGCUCCGUGGAGCUCACCUCUACCUCCACCGACUUUCUGCCCUCCAAGCUUUUCGAUGCCUUUCUAUCCCACAGCUCCAUACUGGGGUUGUGCUCUACCAACCUCAUGGAAUGUCCCUUGGCUUCCUCAACCUUCCUCUGAAAUGCAAACGGUCCCAAGUUCUGGUUCAAAUUCUCUAUCAUUGGGUAAGCAUUCAAGAGACGAGGACAUGGGGAAACCAUGCAGCAUCGGAAAAGAUGAACCGGUGAAUGAAAACAAUGCUGAGAGGUGCCUUUGGAUUUCGAAAACAUUAAGGAUCGGUGAUCCAGGGGAAGCAUCAAGGAAUUCUAUAUGGGUCACAUCGGGUUCAAAGAAUGAUAAAUCGGAUUCAAUAGGCGAUGAAAGACUGUUUAAAGGAUUUCAAUCAAAGGGUGAUGAAAGGAACCAGGUUCUUGAAACAUCUCCAAUCUUGCAAGCAAAUCCAGCAGCAUUUUCUAGGUCAAUAAACUUCCAAGAGAGCUCAUAAUCUUUUUGAAGCAAGCUAACUGAAGAGAACAAAUCAAGUCUUACUGUUUCUGAAGGCAUAGUGUUUAGCUGAAGUAGAAACCAUGCGCACACACGCACACACACAUAUGUAUCAAUGUAUAUUGUUUUCGUUUAGAUGGUUUGCAAGUUUUGUGAAAUACAUAUGAAAUGGUGAGAGGUAGGAUAAGGUAAAUGUUUGUACCAUAAUCUAAGUUUGUAUUUCAAAUGAAAUAGUGAUCUAAAUUUCAA